GCCGCUUCGUCCCGGACAACGAGACUCUUCAGCAGCUUGCGAAGCUGCAGUUUGGACAGCAGCAGAAAUAGCGGCGGCGGCGGCACUAAGCAGCAGCCGGGCGAUGGACUGGUGGCGCCGUUGCUGAAGACGGCCUGAAAAAUGCCUUGUGGUACCUACUCACCUGCUCUCAUAGCUUCUACACACAACAUCCACCCACUCAACCACAAUAUUUAACCACCAACUUGCUUGCCUGGGGCUUCCAUCUCUUCGCAUGUCACAUUCAUUAAAGCAGACAUGUCAAAUUCACGAUAUCACAUGACGUCGCACAACGUAUCUGGCCGAUUUUGCCAUUGCCGGGAAUGGAGUGGGCGUGGCUUCCACGUGAUGCGUCUGGCCCACGGGCCGGCAGUUUGACACCCCUGAUUUAAAGUCUUCACUUAACCAACGUGAUCCUGGGAUUAUGACGGCAACUGGAACUUUCAGGAUUACUGUCGCUAAGUGAUAUAAUCAUGUGUCAUAUUGCAUGUUACAACCAUAUCAUUUAGCAACAGAAAUUUUGAUUCCAAUUGCCACUGUAACCCGAGGAGAAUCCGUAGUAACUUUUGUAAUCUUAUCUUAAUUCUGCAUAAAGUAGUUCUUUAAAAAGUGGAUUAUAAAUAAAUAUCCUUUUUUUUCUUUCUGCAGAAAUCUAGUUUUUUAGGGGAAAGACUGUGUCUAUUUUUUCCAAAAAUGUAUAGUAUAUGUUGGCGUUUUGCUCGGUUUCAACAUACAACAGUGCAAACUCAUUGCUUUGGUAAAGCAGUCAGCGAUGAACAAUACAAAGAUCCUUUUAAACUUGGAGGGAAAGACCUGAAAAAUCUCUAUGAGGAUAUUAAAAAGGAAUUACGGAUUUCUACUACAGAACUUAAAGAAAUGUGUGACUAUUACUUUGAUGGUAAAGGGAAGGCCCUUCGACCAAUUAUUGUGGCACUAAUGGCCAGAGCAUGUAAUUUUCAUCAUAACAAUUCUGGAGAAGUGAAGGCAAGCCAGCGCUCCGUAGCAUUAAUUGCAGAAAUGAUCCAUACCGCAACACUAGUUCAUGAUGAUGUAAUUGAUGAUGCUAAUUCAAGAAGAGGAAAAGUUACUGUUAAUCAGAUCUGGGGGGAAAGGAAGGCAGUCUUAGCUGGUGAUUUCAUCCUUUCUACAGCAUCUUUAGUUUUAGCACGUAUUGGGAACACAACUGUCCUUUCUAUAAUAACACAAGUGAUUGAAGAUCUGGUGCGUGGUGAAUUUCUUCAGCUGGGUUCCAAAGAAAAUGAAAAUGAGAGAUUUUCUCACUACCUCGAAAAAACUUUUAAGAAGACUGCAAGUCUUAUAGCACACAGCUGUAAAGCAGUUUCUGUACUAAGCUGCCCUGAUCCAAAAGUUCAUGAAAUUGCGUAUCUGUAUGGAAAAAACCUUGGGAUAGCAUUUCAGCUAGUGGAUGAUGUGCUGGAUUUUACAUCAUGUUCUGAACAGCUAGGAAAGCCUGCAUCAGCAGACCUUAAACUUGGAAUAGCCACUGGACCUGUCUUAUUUGCUUGCCAGCAGUUCCCAGAAAUUAAUGCCAUGAUAAUGAGGCGAUUCACUUACCCAGGCGAUAUCCAACGUGCCCAGGAAUUUGUAUUACAGAGCGGUGGCAUACAGCAAACAACCUACCUCGCCCAGCGUUAUUGUCAUGAAGCAGUGAAGGAGAUUAGCAAGCUUAGACCAUCUCCAGAAAGAGAUGCCCUUAUGCACCUGGCAGAAAUUGUCUUGUCUCGAGAUAAAUGA